AUGGCUUCCCGAACAUCUUUUUUUCUGAACCUGUCGUCUACUUUGCUGGGAGCACCUCGGGCCUCAAAUAACGGAUUCACUAAAGUUUUCGGGCUUCUUGUUUCUCGAUACAGCACCCGUCUGGCUUCCCAGGCCGUAUUCGGCGUAGCCUGCGUCUGUUUUAGCGUCCCACUUUUCACAAAUUUGUACCUCGCUCUUCGCGUCUUAUGGAUCCAGCGCAAGAUCAACCAUUUGAAUCAGCUGGUAGAUUAUAGGACCUCAAUGCAUGAGGCGAAUAAACGGAAGCUGGAGAGAAUCCUAGAGGUGAAAGAAGACACAAGGAAGGAUAUGGAGAAGUGGAUGGAGGGUCAAGAGGAUCUUGAAAAGACCUUAGUCUUCAUUAUCUUUGAUAGAGAACUUCCACAAUGCUCUGUCGACAAUGACGUCGAUUUCGAUCCUACCUCAGUCCGGCACGAGCAGGAUGAGGAGCUUUUGAGAACUUGUGCUGCACUCAAUGAAUAUCGGACAAAGAUAGAGGAGAAGAUUAAUUGGGCGGAAGUGGCAUCAAAGGAAUUAAACCGUUCAACUGAUGAAGAGGAGAAGGAGAUGAAGCGUAUGCAGGGAGAAUUGUUCCGUCUUUUGGCAUAA